AUGAUGGCAGUGAUGUGGCGCGUUUGUCUCCUGUCACUCUGCAGCAGAGCGCUUGCUGCUCCAGAAGGGCAUGAGGUUACCAGCCUCCCUGGUUGGUCGGGUGCCCUGCUCUCCAAGACAUACUCAGGCCUCAUUCCAGCGGGCGAGGAAGAUGGACACAAGAUGUUUGAGCACUACUUAUUCUUCGAGAGUGAAGGCAGUCCGACCAACGACCCGCUGAUCAUGUGGACAAAUGGUGGCCCUGGAGCUUCUUCUCUGCUGGGCUCAUUCACGGAGCUGGGGCCAUACUACUUGGCAGAUGCUUCCCUGCAGACGGAGGCCUUUCGGGCUUCCGGGGUUCCCACCCUUUUCGAGAACUCCUAUCGUUGGACAAAGCUCGGCUCGUUGCUGAUUCGCAACUUGCCUCCUCCCGUGGGGUUCUCCUACUGCACUCCGGCUGGACCAAGCGGAGAUGGCUACAGCUGCGGCUCGUGGAAUGACACCAAAACUGCCAAGCACAGCUUGGCCUUCCUGCAGAACUGGAUGACAGCCUUCCCAGAAUAUUCUUCCAACCGGCUCUUCAUCAUCGGCGAGUCCUAUGCGGGCCUCUACGUACCAAUGUUGGCACAGCAAGUCAUCGAGGCGGGCACCAUGCGCCUCGAGGGCAUUGCCGUUGGCGACGGCUGUCUUGGCGGCGGGGGCAACGGGGGCGGGUGCGUCCCCAAUGCCGGGCCUUACUUCACCGUCGAGUUUUUCCAUGGCCAUGGCCAGUUCUCGGACAAGACCUACAAGGAGAUCCAGGAAGUCUGCUCCAAGGAGGAGUUGGUCAAUGGACCGAAGUCCGAGAAGUGCCAUGCUGCUCUGGACAAGAUGGAUCGAGAAAGAGGCUACAGCUUCGACUACAACCUCUACGACGAGUGCUACGACUUCGACCUUGAAAAGGGUCCAGUCAACCAGCGUCGAAGCUCAAGACUACGCUCCUGGCGGGAACUCUCGAUGCACCAGAACAGCUACUGGCACAUGGAUGGUGCUCCCUGUGGUGGCACGCAUGCCCUGUUCAAGUGGGUCAACACCAGCGCGGUCAAGAAAGCCCUGAACGUGCCAGACAAUGCCUACUUCUUCACCGGGGACAAUGGUGUAGGUUUUACUUACAACUCGACGCAGCCGAGCCUGGUUCCAUGGUACUCAAGCGAGGAAGCAAAGAAACUGCGGAUCCUGAUCUACAACGGUGAUGCCGACCCCGGUCUUAACAGUUUCUAUGCGCAAAACUGGACGUCUUCAGCUGGUAUUCCGGAAAAAGAGUCCUGGCGUCCCUGGACACGCGAUGGUAAGAUCCGCAUGGGCGGGUAUGUCACUCGCUACGAGAAUAACUUUGACUUCCUCACCAUCCGUGGUGCAGGACACAUGGUGCCAGAAUACAAGCCAGAAGCCGCCUUCGUCAUGAUCCGGUCCUUCCUCAACGGGGAGGACUAUCCGCGCUACCAUCCGAGUGGUCCCGGCCCUUCCAAGCACAGGCAGGGCUCACAGAGUCAGCCGGGACGAAGGACUCUGGGAGUCUUGGCCUGUUGGCUGGCUAUGUAUUUGCUUCCCCCCAUGGUGCUCUUCGUUCCGCGCGUCCGAGUCACGCCUGACAGUCUGGCAUUGGGUACUUCAGUUCGACUGCAAGCCCAAGACUCAGAGGCAUCCGCUCAAGAAAUUGACAAGCUGAAGGCCGAGCUCGAGUUGGCCCAAGCACGCGCAGCGGCCGCGGAGGCGAAGGCCGCACUCGCGGCUGCCCAGACCCAAGGGGGGCCCCAAGGGGCCGAAAGCGUCCAAAGCGUGGCGCCCUCCUCUUCGGGAACUUCGGGUGACGUGACGGUUCUUGAGCCCGAGAUCGUCGAGUCGACGCUGGAUUUGUCAGAGUACUCAGAAGCGGAGCAGAGGCCCGCCCAGUUCCUGUACGGACAGAGCGGAGCGGCUUUCUUUGACCUCCUGGACCGCCUCGAAAACAUCCCAGACGCGGGAACCACGGUUCUUGACGAGGUCUUGCGCGGUUGGUUUCUGGCGAUCUAUCAACUCUCAGCGGUGAGUGGCUCCGCCAUCCUGCCGGAGAACGUGCCAGACGGAGUUCGAAGUAAUGUGGCAGAGCUAGGAGCGGCAAUGGAUGCCGACGUGCUGGCGACACUCUUGCUUGAUGUGGAGAGGGGUGGAGACUGGCGGCCAUGCAUGCAACGACUGCGCAACACUCGCCUUUCUGUCAUCAUGUCAGAUGCACUGAACUGGACAACGAUCUUUCCGGAUGGGGUUAACGAACGCACGGAGCUUUCCACACUCGAAAGCAAAGCACGCGUCGUUGACUUCUUUGCCAGCGACUCCUUCAAAGACAGCGGAAGCUGGUCGAAUGCAGAGGUCUUGGCUGCUGAAAAGCUGAUCGCCGGUGAUCCGAAGCUCGCACGGGUCUUCGAUAGGAUUGAGAAGGUCAAGUCCUCCAUCGCGGAAAAUAUCCGGGGUGCCUCCUUCGCCCCGAUCAUAGGAUUUGUCGUGCUGGUGGCUGCGAUUGUGUGCCUGUGCAACGGUUUCAAUAUUGGUUCCAAUCCCGGUGGAGAUGGCAAUCUGAUACCUGACCAGUCUCAGUUGCAGAACCUGCCUCUAGUAGGACUUGAGAAGUAG